AUGCUCGUCACUACCAUGGCGCAAUACACUGUGCACACGUCUUGGCUGUUUGACCCCAAGAUCAAGCAGGUGCGGCACAAUGUGUCUGUCACAGUGGACGUGGAGAGCGGUCUGAUGGUGCGGGUGUUUGAGCGGGACGACGAGGCCGUCCCGUUCUCAGAGACAUGCAAUGCCAGCGAUGUCGAUCUUCGCGGCAAGUUUGUGCUGCCAGGACUGGUGGAUGCACACACGCACGUGUUCCUACACGCAUACGACGAGGCCGGGGCGCUGAAGCAGAAGCGCGACGAGAGCAUGACGGAGAGGGUCGUCCGCGGCGUCAACCACUGCCGAACGGCACUUCUGGCCGGCUAUACGACGUAUCGCGAUCUCGGCUCGGAGGGCAUGCAAGAAUGUGACGCCAAUCUGCGGGACGCCAUCGCACGGGGACUGACACCGGGGCCACGGCUGUUUGUAGCGACCAAGGUGCUAGCCAGCACAGGUUCGUUUGAGUGCCGGACGGAGAACAGCGGCAACGGCCACUGUCUGCCGUCAAGCGCAGACGCCGUGGACGGUCCGGAGCAGUGCCGCCAGGCUGUACGACGACGCAUUGCCGCCGGUGCCGACAUCAUCAAGUUCUUUGCCGACUACCGGCGUCGGAUCAUGCGCUGUCCUCCGGCCCAGCAGCACCCGUACAUUGUGGGCGUGCUGCACCCACCCGAGGAGCCGAACCCGGACUACAUGGUCUUCUCGGCCGAGGAGAUGCGCAUGAUCGUGGCCGAGGCACAGCUGGCCCGCUGUCCGGUCUCAGCGCACUGCUGCACGCUCGAGGGCGCGCUGGCGGCCAUCGAAGCCGGCGUCGACUCCAUCGAGCACGCCUACUUUGCCACCGACGACAUGUAUCGGCGCAUGGCCGACAAGGGCGUCAUUCUGGUGCCGACGCUGGCCGUCGCCGAGAAGCUGCACGCAAAGCGCUUCCACGAGAUCCUGCCGCAGGUCAAGCGCGCCUUUGACCUGGGCGUGCGUGUGGCCUGCGGCGGCGACACUGGGACGUAUGCCCACGGCGACAACGUGCGCGAGCUGGAGCUCAUGCUCGAGGCCGGCGUCGCCUUUGCCGACGUGCUCGAGGCCUGCACCAUCGGCGGCUGGGAGGCCUGUGGCGGCAACCGGUGCGGCCGCCGGUUCGGCUGGUUCGACGCCGGACUACAGGCCGACAUCAUUGCCGUCGACGAAAAUCCGGAAACUACAGCCGGCGCACUUCGCAAUGUCAGCUUCGUCAUGAAGGACGCAAAGGUCUGGAAGGCCGAUGGACAGGCAAAGUUUGCGUAUUGA